AGAAAACAAGUCAGCGAAAAUGAAGGUUUGGAUUUCAGUAGCUGCCAUCGUGGCUCUAUAUGUUAGCCUUUGCGUUGCUGAUUUUAGCAAACAGGAAAUGAAAGGCAUACUCAGCGGUGCCAGAGAAUGCGUUAGUCAACUCAGAAUCGGACCGGAUGCGUCAAGUUUCGUUCAAAGUGUCAUGUACUACCGGGAUGUGAAGAACGAUGACAUCACUAAGAAAUAUAUAAAAUGCGUUAUGGAAUCCAUGGGACUACUGGAUACCGAGGGAGUUAUUCAAACUCAGGUGAUCGUCAAUUACUUCAAGGACAAUUUUGAUGAGCAGUUACUGAAAAAGUUAAUGCACACUUGUGGACAACCCGAGGGGGAGACUACCGAGGAUAAAACGUGGAACUUCUACAAUUGCUGCUUUAUCAACAAGGAAUUCGAUAUCUGAACGGAUACGAGAGAUGCCAUUUAUUGUUUGUAGAAAAUACUAAAGUUUGGUUGACAUUAUGAAUAAACGUAUUUGGAUAUUGUUGUUCAACAGUA